AAACAGACCAGUCCUACUGAGUCGCUCUGAUUGUUCGGUUGUGUGCUUGUUUGUUGAAAAAUGUUUAUAAAACGCGCUGCUAUACUUGCAAACAGGAUUACCCUGAGCCAUACAUAUCGCCAAACUCGUCUCCUACAGUCAGACCCGAAUGCGAGCUACCUCCACAAUCCAGGAUCUGAACCUUUGACGAUCGCAACGCUUGGUGAAGUACUAGCAGAGAGUGCAAAUAAAUAUCCCAAUAGAAUCGCCAUUCGGUCAAUACACGAAGAUAUAACUUUGACCUACGAAGAAUUAUUAACCCAGGCUGAUUCUUUAGGAUGUACACUGAGAGCAAAUGGAUUCAACAAAGGCGACAGAUUGGGAAUAUGGUCACACAACAUGGCGGGCUGGAUUCUUACAGUCUUGGCUGCGGCGCGAGUUGGAUUAAUAUCGGUCUUUAUAAAUCCAGUUUACGAGAAAUCAGAGCUAAGUUUCUGUUUAAAGAAAACUGGUAUGAAGGGACUCAUUAUCGGCAAUUCUCUCAGCAAUAGGGAUUAUUACAAUAGCUUGAAGCAUCUGAUACCUGAACUAGAUGGUUGCAAGCCCGGUUCACUGAUAUCUGAACAGUUUCCUGACUUGACUACAAUCAUCAGUCUAGAAAAGGAGAAAUUAGAUGGUGUAUUUACAUUCGACUCGCUAUUGGGUAACAAAACCAACCAAGUAUCAAAAUACGGGAGCGAAAUCAAACCGGAAGAUGGCAGCAUCAUCCACUUCACGUCAGGGACCACGGGAGAUCCCAAAGCAGCUUUAGACUCUCAUUUAGGAGUCGUUAAUAACACUUACUUUAUUGGAAGACGAAACGGUUAUGACGAAGAUAACCAGAAAAUUUGUGUACAGGUACCUCUCUUCCACGCCCUGGGAUCAGUGGUGACAAUGCUGGGAGCUUUGAGACACGGCGCCACAUUGGUACUGGCUGCGCCCAUGUACAAUAUACCUGCAAACAUCAAUGCUCUGCUUGCUGAAAAAUGUACAGCUGUGACGGGCACUCCCACAAUGUACGUAGAUAUGAUAUCCCAGAUCCGAGAGCGCGGCGACCUUCCACUGCGCCUGCGCAUGGCCCUCGCAGCCGGUGCGCCCUGCUCGCCGCAACUCAUUAGAGACAUGAACAAAUAUCUCAAAGCAGACUCUGUGCUGGCCUUGUACGGCAUGACUGAGACCACAGCGAGCGUGUUCCAGUCCAAGCCCGGAGAUGAUAUCGAUGUAGUCGCAGACACCGUCGGCUACAUACAAGAUCACGUAGAAGUUAAGGUAGUAGACGAAGACGGUCAAACAGUUCCGUUCGGUGGUUCUGGUGAAUUGCUCGUGCGAGGUUACAACACAAUGAUCUGCUACUGGGACGAACCGGAGAAGACGAAGAACACUUUUACCGAGGAUGGUUGGUUGAGUACCGGAGAUAAGUUCACUGUAUCUCCAGACGGAUACGGGCGCGUGGUUGGCAGGUUGAAGGACAUCAUAGUUCGCGGCGGAGAGAAUAUAGCGCCCAAAGAGAUAGAAGACCUCCUAAACACGCACCCAGAUGUUAUUGAGAGCCAGGUUGUUGGAAUUUCUGACGAGAGAUUGGGUGAAGAAUUAUGCGCUGUGCUGAGAACACGAGAUGGCGUUACCGUCACACUUGAUGACGUCAGAAAAUUCUGCAGCGGACAUAUCGCAAAGUUUAAAAUACCGAGGGUUUUGAAAAUAACGGAUGAUUUCCCGAAGACCGCAUCCGGAAAGAUUCAGAAGUAUAAGCUGAGAGAUUUAAUAGAGUCCGGUAAAUUAUAGGAUUAUUGUAAUUUAAUGAUUUUUAAUACUUGUAAUUUUUUAUCUUUCAAAACGUAUUUUUAUAAUAAAAAUG